GGCAACACACACACGGGGCACUGGGACACGGACACAGACACAGGCACACGGAAGCGCACCCCGCGCCGCAAACAUGGCGCUGGUGCCCAGCCAGGUGCUGCACGCCGCCAUCCUCCUGUCCUAUUGCUCCAUCCUGUGCAAUUACAAGGCCAUUGACAUGCCCGCGCAUCAGACCUAUGGAGGCAGCUGGAAAUUUCUGACCUUCAUAGACCUGGUUAUCCAGGCUGUCUUCUUUGGGAUUUGCGUCUUGACUGACCUGUCCAGUCUUCUCACUAGAGGGAAUGACAGUCAAGAGCAAGAGAGGCAGCUGAAAAAACUCAUUUCCCUCCGUGACUGGAUGAUGGCUGUUCUAGCUUUCCCUGUGGGAGUGUUUGUUGUGACGAUGUUUUGGAGCAUCUAUAUCUAUGACAGGGAACUGGUUUACCCAAAGCUGCUUGAUAAUUUUAUACCAGCAUGGCUAAAUCAUGGAAUGCACACAACAGUUUUGCCCUUCGUAUUAAUCGAGAUGAGAACAACACAUCAUCAGUAUCCCAGCAGGAGCUGUGGACUGGCUGCAGUGUGCACCUUCGCUGUUGGCUAUAUUUUAUGGGUGUGCUGGAUUCACCACGUUACAGGAGUGUGGGUGUACCCACUUCUUGAGCACCUCAGCCCAGGUGUCAAAGUAAUCUUUUUUGCAGCUGUUACUGUAGUAAUUAACGUAUUCUACUUGGUGGGAGAAGUCCUGAACAGCUACAUCUGGGAUACACAAAAAUGUAUUGAAGAAGGAAAAGAAAAGCCGAAAUUGGAGUGAGGAAUAAGAGGCAACACAGAGGAUUGUUUAUGGCUCCAUGGAAGAUUUCUCAUCCCCAACAGAGCUUGGCCUGGAGAGGAAUCUUUUGGAAAGGAGGAAGUUUCAUGGGCCCACUUCUCAGUGCAAGGAUAUUUUUGGAUUUUAUAUGGAAGGAAAAUGAUUUUAGCUAAGAAUAAUAUUAAUGUUUCAACCUUCAGUUUCUCCAUGCUUGCAUGUGACAUACACAUAUAAGAUGUACAUUUACCUCCAAGGCAUUCUCAAUGUUCAUUUCUUGAAUCAAAUAAGUCAUUAAACCAUUAAGUCAUUAGAUCUUUUUACUUCUGCCAAGAAGAACAAUGAGUCCAUUCUCUGUAUUGUUUGAGAAAAGCUUAAUCAGAUAGGUCGAAUACAGGGAAACAAAGCAAUCCUAUAUAUUUCAAAUUCCAGCAUAGAAGUUAAUUGCAUGAAUGUAUCUAAAGAAGAGUUCAGUCUGACUGAAAUAUUAAUGUAACACUAUGUAACAGUUGCCUUAAAUUCGUUAUGUUAAUAAUUUUACCAGUCCAGUGGAAUCUUACUUGCAGUGUUAAGACCUAAAUAAAGAUGAAAUUAUCCUUGCCUUUCUGUUUCUUCAUGCUGAUUCUUGAGAUUUUAGAUGGAUCUAUGGCAUUUGAAUGAUACAUUUUCAGGUUUUCCAGGUUUUUUUUUUCAGCUGUAGAUUAUAUCAUUCCUACAUGAGGAUUUUUCUUCUUAUUUUCAUAGUAAAAUAACAGAUCCUCAUUUUCAAGUUCUAGGUUCUCAACAGGUGGGCUGAGCUGUCCGUGUUGUACAAGAGAGAGCAUUUAAGUCUUACUUGAGGCAGGCACUUAAGCAAAUGUUUAAAGUUAAGCAUAUGCCUGUUUGUAUAAGGAAUUAAAUUGCAAAAUACUAGUGAUAGUUUAAGUUUGACAUGAUUCUGUUUAAUUAUUAGACAAUCAAGAAGUAACUAGUAGGCAGAAAAAAUUGUCUAGAACUAAAAUAAAGUGAAUAGAAUAAUUUUUAGCAAGAUAAUAUUUAUUAAAAAGUAGCUUUAUGACCCAA